AUGGCGGGUCGGACCCUAGCUCUGCGCUACGGUCCCCCGUGGUCCCCCAUCUCUGGAACCGAGGUGCCCAACUGGCCCAACAGGCAUCUCACCAGCAGUGGCGUCGCCCACCACUUUAUCCCGCCCGUGUCCUUCCCCCCGCCCACUGUGCAGUCCACGGUCGCGGAGCCUCUGCCCCCAGCCGCAAAGCAGGAUUUGCAUGUCUGGGCUUUCGACGAGGUCAUCAGCAGAUGGGAGACAACCUCGGGCUCAGCUCUCGUGCCUAAGACCCACGGAGGACCCUACGCACAGCCCAAGGCCCCAGAACCUGCGAACCCCACUCGGACUGUGGGGAUCAAGGAUUUAGGGGAAAAACUCAGACAUCGCGGCUGGCGCCUCCCUCUGAUCACCAAGCACCAGUGCAGUGAGACGAAGGCGCAGUACGGCGGCUGGCCCGACCUGGACCGGGGCCCCACCUCCUACUUCGGGCCCCAACCCCUAGAGCUUGCAGACCACCACCGAGGGGGCCCUUCCCAGGCUCUAAUCCCUUGGACCAAGAACCCCGAGCUGGCCGGCCGGCCUUUCACAAUUUCUGACCGGGGCAUACUGGACCGCCAUCAGCUCUAUCUGACCACGUCGGCCCAGGACUUUCGGCCCUAUUCGAAGAAGGAGUUGUCAAGCUAUCCUCGCAAGGAUUCGAUGACCUCAAACUUCGGGGAGACGCCCCAGGCCGGCGGCCACAGCCAGAAGCAGCUGCCCUGUCCGUCCUCCUCUCGGCCACCCCAGCCGCCGAAAAUCCGCUUGUCUCGCGGCCGCCCAGUGAUGCCCGUCGUGCCGCACCGCGGGGCGCUGACUCUGGCUCAGGAAUCCUACAACCUCCCGCUGCACCCACUCCGCCGGCUGGACCGUUUCUGCCCGCUGGAGCUGCCCUGGGGCGGCCCCCACUGGAAGCCCGUGUCAGGCAUCUACAGUGUGCCUCAUGCCUACCGCACCGAGAACUCCAACUACGGCAGCUUGAAGCCAGCGUUGCUCUGA